AUGGCGAACUGUCAAGACUCGGUGUAUUUCGCGCCAUCCGUUUUCCUCAAUCAUGGCGGCGGUCCCAACCCGAUUUUGGGUGUUGAAGACGACUUAGAUAUUGCUGAGUCCUUACGCAACGUAUCAAAAAUUGUUGACAUGAGGCGGCUGAAAGCAAUAAUAGUUGUGACAGCGCAUCGUGAGGAGGAAGUAGUAACGAUCUCGUCGGGGACUCAUCACGAUUUAAUAUACGACUACUCGAACUUCCCACCGGUGAGUUACACGUUCAAAUAUGGCGCCCCCGGCCACCCGGCGUUGGCACGAAGAGUACACGAAGCGUUCGAAAACGCGGGGAUCCCGUCUACGUUGGACGACGAAAGAGGUUGGGACCACGGAGUUUUCAUUCCGAUGAUGCUUAUCAAUCCGAACGCGGAUAUACCCAUCGUUCAGGUGUCCAUAUUGAAGAAUCAGGAUGCGAAACAGCAUUUCGAUAUAGGAAGAGUACUGUAUCGGUUCCGCGAAGAGGGCGUCGCGAUCUUCGGUUCGGGGAUGUCGUAUCACAAUAUGCGGGAAUUUCGAAAGGCGGAACGGAUAAACGACAGGGUCGUCGUGAACGAGAUUUUCGAUCGCUUCUUAAACGACGUAUGCACGGGUAGCAAAGAAAAAGAGAAGAUUAUGACAUGGGAUCAAAUGCCGCAGGGCUUGGAAUCGCAUCCGCCUGGCGAAGCGGAUCAUUUAAUGCCACUGAUCGUCAACAUUGGCGCGGGAGGAGAGCACCCGGCUACCAACAUUUUCACCUCGGUCUAUAUGCAUAAAUUCCUACUGGGCGGAUUCAUUUGGGACAAAGAG